CUGGGGGUGGGUAACGAUGGCGCUGUGCGUGCGGCCGCUGGGCGGCCGGGAGAGCUGAGGGGAGGGAGCCGGGCAGCACCCCUGCCCCCAGCUGGGCUGGAAAGUUUGGGAUGGCUUUCUGGAUACCAUGAUCAGCAGAGGAUUUAAUAUCAUAUAUAUCCAGAUAUGUCCUGAUCUCUCUCCCAUAACUCAUUUCAAUGUGGGCAUGGAAGAAUAACCCAGCUAGAGGCUGCUUUUCAAGUCUUAUCCUCUCCAAGCCACAAUAGGAUCAUAUCUAGGCAGUGUGGGGGUGGCAGAAGCUGUUGGUGCUGUGGAUUUUCCUCCACAUACUUUGCCCAGAGUGAGGGUCUCUGUUUCUGACAAUGAUGAAAACUGAAGGCAAAGGGGAAAGGACUCUGAGAAGCGCUUCUCCACACAGAAAUACUUAUAAAUCCGAUUUCCAUGCCAUCAAAUGCUCCUUUGAUGGGGUAAACAUCCCUGAAAAUGCUUCCAACAAAGUGGGCCCCCAGCAGAAGCUGAACACCACCUCCAGUGGAGUGGGGAAUGACCCACAUAGCCGAGGCAGAGCUGCCACCUAUGGCAACAGAGUACACAAGAUCAAAAACAUGUUCCUGCAGAUGGGGGGCUCCUCUGCCACACCACCGUGUGAAAGCAGCUCCCCCACUGAGGCCAAGAUCAUCAGUAGGGCAGUACCAACUGAUCUUGUACCUUCUCCCAGCAGUCCAUCUUUCCACAGUGUCCAAAAAAAUAACCUCCUUAAUACCAGCCCCUGCUGCAGCCCCCUGGACUCACUGCCUGUGUCUUCCAUGGGUGACAAAAUCAUCCGCAGCAAAGAUGAAGGUGAUUUGGAUAAAGCUGCCUUGGCAGAAAAGUUUUCUGAGACCAGGAAACUUUUUGAGAGGAACAUAAAGCAGCGGAGCUCAGUGGACAGAUAUUCUCCCAGCAAAUGUGAAAGAAGUGAAGAUAAGACGAGACGUGGUUCAGCCUCUCCUGACUGCAGCAGUGUGGUGGAUCAUUUUAAUUUCAAUAUAGAUGUGAUCCCUCAUAUGGCCCUGGAAAGAACUGAAAGUCAAGGCAAUGAUGAGCACAGGCAGCAGCAUCUCAGUGGUGGCCCAAGAUCCUCCUCUUUGAAUGCAGGACCAAUUUCUAGGCGGCUGGAAAGUUUUCUUGGUGACAGUGACACUGAAGAAUCCAAAGAAAUUUCCAAAAGUGAGGGUACCCCAAGUCAAGGGUAUAUACUCCCCUGUAGCUGGGAGUCACCUGCUGCUAUUCAAGGAUGCACAGAGGAGAGUCCAUGCCCCAAAGAGCCUGUUUGUCUCAGUAGCAGCAGCAGGGUUGAGCUGAGUCAGUCACCUGAAGAAGUGCAUACAAGGGAGCAAGUGGCUCCUGGGAGGGGCCAGCAGGAUGUGAACAACACAUCUGAUAAGGAGGCCAAGUGGUUAGGAGACAGUGUCCCCCCACAGAUCUCCCAGGUAGAGAUGGUUCGGGCUGAACUGGUUGCGGUGCAAAAAGAAACCUCAGGGAAUAAAGAAGAUACCUUGAGGAAAGAUAGUGUCUUGCAUGGGGAACAACCACUCAGGCACCAAACUGGGGAAGAGAACAAUCAUUCAUUUGGAGGACUGGAAGAGGUAACAGUAUGCAGUGAGCCCAGUCAGAAAGAAAUAAGAGAGGGAGUGUCUCUGAAGGAGGUUCUUAUCACACAGGUGCCGGACAAUCUAGAACAGGAGGGGGACACUGAAGAGGAGGAGGAGCAGCAUGUGGUGGAAAAUCAGAGAGAGAAGUUCAUUGCAUUUUCUGUCAGUGCUUUUGGAAUAGAGAAUGCAGGUUUUGAUGAUGACCAGGAUACAGAGUCUGAAAACCAGGGCCCUGAAGGUAAAGAAACAUUGGAGGGGGAAGAGGAGUAUACCUAUGACAGUGAUUAUGAGGAGUUUCCUGGGCUAUCUGAAGAGGAAGAUCCUGAGCCGGACAGAAGAGUCAAGUUUUCAACUGCCCCUAUCAAGGUUUUCAGCACUUACUCAAAUGAAGUUUAUGAUAGACGUAAUGAAGAGGUUGACCCUGUGGCAGCAUCAGCAGAGUAUGAACUAGAGAAGAGGGUGGAAAAAAUGGAAGUGUUUCCUGUGGAAAUUGAAAAAGGUGACAGUGGCCUAGGCAUUAGUAUUAUUGGAAUGGGUGUUGGUGCAGAUCAGGGACUGGAAAAACUGGGAAUUUUUGUAAAAACAAUAACUGAAGGUGGAGCUGCUCAAAGAGAUGGACGAAUCCAAGUAAAUGAUCAGAUUGUUGAGGUUGAUGGUAUAAGUUUAGUAGGAGUAACUCAGCUUUUUGCAGCCACUGUGCUAAAAAACACCAAAGGCAGUGUGAGGUUUCUAAUUGGAAGAGAGAAACCUGGGACUCAGAGUGAAGUAGCUCGUCUUAUCAGUGAGACAUUAGAGCAAGAGAGAUGCCUAUAUGAGCAGCACUAUGCCAAUGAUGAUACAGAACAGGAUGAUGAUUAUGAUGAUGAUGAUGAUGCUUUUGAGUCACAUUUACAUGGAAAGUCUGUGGAAGUCUUUUAUCUUCCUGAAAAUGAAAAUGAAGAUAUGAAUUUGCCACUGGAUAUGGAUUCAGCACAGUUUCUUCUUAAAUUUAAAGAGCUACAAUUAAAGCAUGCAGUAACAACAGCUGAAGUUAACCAACUAAAAGAGAGAUUAAAAACUACUGAAGCUGAAAAAGUUGAAUGGGAGUCAAGUAAAUCCCAGCUUCAGCAAACUUUAGAAGAGAGCAAAGAGAAAAUUAAGAAGUUGGAGACCUAUUGGUUAGAGGCACAAAGUUUAUGCAAGACUGUAAAUGAACAUCUUAAAGAAACCCAGGAACAGUAUGAUGCCCUGGAGAAGAAAUACAACAAGGCCAAGAAAUUACUUAAAGAUUAUCAACAGAAAGAAAUAGAAUUUAUGAAAAAAGAAGAGGAUCAUACAAGGGUUCUUGAAGAGAGAGACCAGAAACAUGCAGCGCAACUGAACAUAUUCCAAGAGGAGAUUUCAGAGCUUCAGAACAAAUUAAAAAUAUAUGAGCGAAUACCUUGUAUGAUUAGCAGUAGCAUUUUGCUGGAUACUACCUCUCAAAGUCCAGAAAAACUAAAUGAAUGCUCAGAGAUUAAAGAAGAAAAUACAAAAGAAAUAGACUCAUCAGCAGUGGAAAAAUUAGUUUCUUCAGAUACUGACUUUGAUACUUUUAUGGGGGAUACUCCAAGAUUAGAUACUAGUGCCCAUAAAGCAAAAGCUCAGCUUGCUCUGAAAGUAAAACGUCAGCCACCUUCUCGAUCAAAGCUAAAAGAAUCUCUUGGAACUGGACAGCAGAAAUCCGUUCUACAGGAUGAGGAUACAGAGGAUGCUAUCCCCAAUAGAGAAAUUGGUACAGCAUGUCAAGUCAAGUCUUUAGAAGUAACAGAAAAGCUAACUUUAUCCCAGUUGAACAAUGCAGAUCAAAGGAUUGAAAAGUUUGAACCAGUGGAAAGCACAGAGAGUUUGUUAGAGUCAAGUCCUUCUGUUUCCACUCACUCUUCUCCAAUACACAAACCAAACAAUGAAAACAACACGAGUACUACUCACUCUCCUCCUAGUGAUGAUGUAACUCCCAGUUCUCCUCAAGCAUAUUCCAAGAAUGUCAAGCACAGAGAAUCAAAAGGGAAAGGAAGAGAGGCUAAAGAUGACAAGAGAAAUGAAGACAAGACAGGAGAAACAAAUGAUGUUGCGUCAUCAGGAAAGGCCAAAAGGAGAUUUCCAGAUUUUGGAGGUUUACGGAAAUCUGGUGGUAAAGGCAAGAAACAAGAGAAGGAAAAUCCAAGGAGCUCUCUGGAUAGCCGAGGCUCCCGAGAGUUAUUGGAAGACUCUGGCAACAAUCAAUCUGCAUCAGAUUCAGACUCUCCUGUUCCUACUUGCAUACCUUUCUCUUGGUUUGGGGACAGUCACAAAGAGCCUCAGGUUUCCAGUAGCAGCCUAACCUUUUCUCAGAGUGGACAGGCCACUGUAUUCGAACAGGGUCAAGAGAAAAACAGAAGCAAGGCACUAGAUGAUGAUUGUGCAGCAACAGGAAAACAAAAUCAGUGGCACAGUAGACCAAUUUCAGAGUGGACAACCCAACAGGUAUGCCAUUGGUUGAUGGGGAUGAACAUGGAGCAAUAUAUUGCAGAGUUUACCGCCAAGAAUAUAGAUGGACAGCAAUUAAUGCUGCUUGACAGUGAUAAGCUAAAGGCUCUGGGGGUUUCCAGCCAAAAUGACCGAUCCACAAUAAAGAAGAAAAUUAAGGAUAUUAAAAAAACACAAGAAAAACUGGAAAAACAGAAAGAAAAAGGUCAAAAGAAGGAAAGAGAAGUUCGCAAGACUGGCAGAGUGGUAGCUGCUGUAGAAUCAAGCUGUUAAAAUGAUUUAGUUUUAUUUUAGCACAGACUUACUUCAACUUGAAGAAGUGCAACAAAAUUGUAUAUAAUUGUACAAUUGGGGAGGUAAAGUGCAACAGUUUAACAUGGUAGGUUAUUUACUUUAAUUUCUGUAUUCCCUCCCCAUUACAUGUUCCAUUAAAAUGAAAUAAUGUUUUCAGUAUUUUUAUAUCUAGUUGAUUCUGCCUGUACUAAUAGACAAUUUAAUUUUCUGCCUUAAGUACUGUGCGUGCUUUUAUGACUGAUAUGUAAAAACACCAUAUCCCUGAAAUAUCCAUUGAAACUUAUAUGUUUGUGGAAAGUGGGAUGUGACGUUGGGGGAGGAGGGGAGGUAUUCAUUCAAACUCUUGCAGUUGACUUAAACUAUAAAUAUUGGGUUUAAUCUGAUAUAUGGACAAUAGAAAAUCCUGCCAUCAAGUUCAGUGUGACACUGUUUAUCUGUUGCCACUAAUGUUGUAUAGUGAAAAAAUUAAGUUUAAGAAAACAGCAAUGUCAAAUUUAUUUAAAAAAACAAAGCCUGUAUUUCAAAUUUAUUGAAUUGUUUUCUUUAAAAUCUUGUUUUCCCAGUGGUCCAUUUUUAAUUCAAAAUUUACUGUAGUAAUGCUGAUUUUUGAAUUUCAUCUGUUGCAGUUUACUGAAAAUAGUAUGUAAGUAGUUUUCACAGACUACUUACGCCAAGCAUAACACUAAAUUCUCUCUGUAAGCUACACUAUGGGAUGUUGGAACAGGAUGUAAACAUAAAUAAAAGAUCCUUUUUUACAUAUUUUUCCUAAAUAAUAUAGUUUUAUAGUUUUAUGCUAUGAAUAAGAUCCAUUUGCAAUGAGUAUUUCUCUUUUUUCUACUCACUAGAAGAUUUUUGGGGACCAAAUUUAUAUAUUUGCUAAUUUUAAACAAUACUGUUUUUCCAUACUUAAAAUACAGAGAUGAGAAUUGCAGAAAAAAUUUAAUCAAUGAAGCACUGGGUUUCUGCAUUGUAUUUAAUUGUUAAAUUGUAGACUAUUAUAGACUUUCUUUUUAAAGGAGGAUUUGAUUCUUGGAAUAGUUUAGAACAUGAUUUGAUGUGUGUUCUUGUGUAAUUGCAUAAUAGCUUGUAGAAAUAUUACAAAAGCACUUCCUUAGAUUUUUUUUUCCAGAAAAAUAAUGGAAUAAAAAUGUUAAUUCCAUCCUGGAGUGGAAUAGAAAAUUAUAAGAUCUUGGAAUUCUGAAUUGCUGGUUUAAAUAUUGCAAUUAUGUGGACCAAGUUCUCCUUUAAAUAUAUGAAUUAAUGUUUUUCAUUUUUAAUUAAAUGAUCCUUUCACUUCUGACAUUUCUCAAGUGUUUAAAAUAUGGAAGAUUUCUCUGGAAUUCAGAAGAGGAAAAGGACUUUGUGGAAAUGCACAUUCACUCUACUAAUUUUCAAAUAAAAUUUAAAGUUCAUAUUUCUA